AAAUUGACGGUCUACGCGCCGCCGCACGACGAACGUUCGCUCCCCGCGGUCGUCUUCGCGCACGGCGGCGGCUUCAUGUCCGGGUCCCGCAGACACGUCGACGGCCUCUGCCGCGAGCUCGCGGUGCGCGCGGCCGUCGCCGUCGUCUCCGUCGAGUACCGCCUCGCGCCGGAGCACCCCUUCCCCGCGGGGCUCGACGACGUCCGCUCCGCGGUAUCGUACUGUAGAGGCUCGCCCGCGCUGCCCAACGCGGGCACCGUCGACGGCGCGCGCGUGGCCCUCGCCGGCGAGUCCGCGGGGGCGAACCUGGCCCACGUCGCCGCGCUGCUCGCGCGCGACGACGACGACGAGAGCGACGGCGAGGGCGAGACGCCGCCGAACGCGCUCCCGAAGAAGCCGUGGCUCCGCUGCGAGCUGCUCUGCACGCCCCAGCUCGGGCUGCGCUGCGACGAGCGCAGCGUCGCCGAGUACGGCCACGGCCACUUUUUGACGCGCGAGUUCUUGGACUACGUCCGGGAGGUCGCGUACCGCGAACGGCGCGACGACUGGCGCGUCGCGCCGCUGGACGCGGUCGCCGCGAAGACGCUGGACCUCGACGGCUUCGCGACGCCGACGCUCAUCCUCGCCGCGGAGCUCGACCCCCUCGCGGACCAGGCGUUCCUCUACCACGACGCGCUCCUCGCGGCGGGCGCGCCCUCGGAGCUGUGGCUCGCGCGCGGCACCGUCCACGCGUUCCUCAAC